UGGAGUUAAAAGCGAAUUAAAACUCGGUAGAUUUGUAGUCAAUCUUAUUUGGUUUAAUUUUAUUCUAAUCUAUCGGUCAAAGGUUACAUGUUUAAUGAAUUUUUUUUCUUAAUAAAAUAAUUAAUUGAAAUUAAAUAAUUAGUAUAGUAACGUAUAACAAGUAAUAAUGAUUGACAUUUUGGGGUUAAUGGAGCCAAUUGCCAUCUUGGUGGCAUCUGUUGUUGUAUAUAUAUUUUAUUUUCAAAUAAAAAUCAAAAAGGAAUCCAAUUUUUAUAAAAAUCCAGAUUGGAAUUUCGUGUUUAGAAAAUGGUUUGCUGAAAGACAAUUAAAUAAAAUUAAAUUGAAUAAACGUGAAAAAUUAAAAGAAAAUUUAAAUAAAAAUUUAUCAGAACGUCCAUUAUUAUUAAAAAAUGAAAGUAGCUCAGAUAUGAUAUUAUUUUAUGGUACCGAUCAAAUUGGUAAUUCAGUACUAUUACGUAUGACAAGAUUACGACAUCGUAUUGCUGAUUUAUGGAUUAUGAUAAGAUUAAAAAAUAAAAAUAAUAAUAUAAAUGCUGGUAAUAAAUAUUAUAUGCUACCUGAACAUCCAAUAACAAGAGUAUAUGAAGUGAAACCUGGUACAUUUAAAGCAGCCGGUUUAGAAUUUGAAUGUUUAGAACCAUUCGUCAGGUGGCGUAUAACAUAUAAUGGUUAUUUAAGAGAAAAAAUUCGUAAUGAAAUUAAUGAUGAUAUCGUUGAAAGUGAAUUGAAAUUUAUAAAAUUCAAUUUUUUCUUUACUGGUUCUAAUAAACCAUUGUUUUGGCCAUUGGAUUGGAGCUCAAAAUUAAUGGCUAAUGGGCUGGCAACAGAAACAUGGAAAGAUGGUAAUUGGCCAAAUAUCUUAAAUAUUCCUGGAAAUGGUGGCUAUGAUCAAUUUGGUCGUAUGUUAGGACAAAUAUUUUUACCUAAUAAUGAAGUAAAAGAAUUAAAUUUACCUGGUUUAAGACAAAGACGUUGGGAAGCAUUUCAAAAUAUUAAUUUAAGACGACAAGUUUCUAUAUUUGGUGUAUGCUCGCAAGGAUGCAUAUUUAAUAUCGGUGCUAUUAGUUACAAAAGUGCCCUUACUCAUGUUCAGUUUGGUAACGUAAGACUUGAGAAUGAUAAAGUUUAUCCAAUCGAUUGGACAGAUUUAAGAAUACUUAAUGUAGCUGAAGAAAUUAAAACAAUACCGCAACGUAUUGCCAUACAUUUUAAAGCUGGUGGAAGAAAUUUUAAGGCAUUUUUAUAUUUGGAACAAAGUAAAUUUAUAAAGCUAUUAAAUGGUUCACCGUUCCAAUGGCGUAUUAUAAAUAUUCCAACAAAAUUUGAUCUUAAUGGUACAACCGGACUAGGAGUGUUUACAUCAUGGCAUCCGUACAAACCGUCAUUAUAUGAUAACAAAUUAAAGCAACCACAACGGUUUAGAAAGCUUGUAUUUAAUACAUUACUACCCGAUCGAAACAAAUUUGUAUUAUCGUUUAGUGAAAGUGAAGCUCAAAGUAAAUUGGUGUCAGGUGGAAAAGGUGCUUCUUUAGCAUUACUGACCGCAGCUAGUAGGGAUUUAGAAAAUUUAACACCAUUUAAAGUACCAGAAGGUUUUGUAGUUAGCUCAUCAGCACUUCGUCAAUUUUUGCUUACGAAUUCAGAAAUUUAUGUUGAGCUACGAAACUUGGAAGAUUGUUGUUCUGGAAAAUUAGAUGGAAGUUUAGAAAAAUAUUGUGAAAAGGUAAAAGAUCUCUUUGCAACUAGUAUUUUAGACAGAAAUAUCGGUACAGAAAUAAGAAAAGCAUUCGAAACAGUGUCUCUGGAACAUAAAAAUCCAUGUUUUGCUGUACGAUCAUCUGGUGUUGAUGAAGAUGGUAAAGAAUUUUCAAGUGCUGGGCAAAAUGAAACGAUAUUGGGUGUCCGUGGUUUAGAAAACAUUUUGGAAGCCAUAAAACUGUGUUGGGCUUCUUUAUAUUCAUAUCGUAGCGUUGAAUAUCGUCGAAAGCAUUCUCAAUCAACAAUAGCUGAUAUGGCAGUUGUUGUACAAAUUAUGAUACCAUCUGAAUGUUCUGGUGUUUUAUUUACAAAACAUUCUAUUGCACAAAACUCAUGUGAUAUGCUUGUUACAGCUAAUUUUGGUUUGGGAGAGACUGUUGUUUCUGGUGUCGUUGAACCUGAUACAUUUAUUAUUGAUAAAAAUUAUGAUUCUACAAAAUUUAAAAUUAAAGAAAGAAUGCUGGGUGAAAAGGCUUUUUCUUUAGUGUUGAAUGACACAGGUGGAGUAAAAAAAGUUGAAAAUAAAAUGGAAAAUGUUGCAUGUUGCCCAGAUGAAAUCAUUUUGAAUUUAGCAAAAAUUGGGAUAAAUUUAGAAAAAAUGUAUGGCGAUCCUCAAGAUAUUGAAUGGGGGGUUGUUAAUAAUACCAUUUAUUUGCUACAAUCACGUCCUAUAACAACAUUAAAACAAUUUAGUGACUGGGAAUAUCUGCAUGAAUUUGACAGUCCGAUGAUGAGUUGUAAUCAAAUUCUAACGAGAGGAAAUGUUGGAGAGGUUCUUACUGGUGCUUUGGAUAAUUUAACAGCGUCGACAGUAAUCAAAGCUUUAAAUUUGAUUUGGUUGCAUAAAAAUAGUGAUGAAUUUGAAAAACUACUUAAUACUAAGGGAUUACUAUUGGCUUACCAACAGGUUUUUAUGGAUUUAGUUACGUUUUUCAUAGACUUUAAGCCAGGUAAAGUUACUUCCAAAGAAAAAGUUCAAGGUUUUGGAAUGUUGGCAUCUUUGGAGCUAACCUCUGAAAUGAAAUUAAUGAGUUAUAAGCAACUAUUAAUGGAUAUUAAUAUAAUAAUUAAGAAGAAUUUACCUGAUGUUAUGCUUCAUCAUAUGAAUACAUCGACAGCAAAUUCAUGUAUGCAAGGACUUUGCUUAAAUAUUUUACUAGGCGAUAGUGAGGAUUUUAGUGCAGAUCAUAUUAGCGAUUUACAAAAAAUAAUGAAUGCGUCUGAAGGUGUAAUUUCAGCGGAAAUACCAAAGAAAAUUGAUGAAAUUGCUAAUACGAUUUAUUUGCAAAGUAAUGUGAGAGAAUUUUUAAAUUUGAAUAUAUCUGAGGUACCAUUAUGGCUUGAAGAAAAUAGUCCAGUUGCAUAUAGAUUAUAUAAUCAAUUUUUAAGAACAUAUGGACAUCGUUGCCUAAAUGAGUUUUGCUUAAAUUCGAUUCCAUGGGAAAAUAACGUUGAAUAUAUUAUUAAAAUGAUACAGGAUAACUUAAAACAAGCAUGUGUAAAUCCAGGUCAUGUAUUUCAGGAAACAGAACCAAAAUAUAUCGUUGAGGAUUUAAGAACACCUAAAAGUAACUUAUCGAGAUGUUUCUUAGGAUUUUUAAUACCAUAUUGUCGUAGUUCAGUACAAAAACGUGAAGCAAGUAAAGAUAAAUUAAUUUAUUUUAUAAAUAUUUUACGAAAACAUUUUAAUAAGCUAUCAGAAUUGAUGCAAAUUGAAAGAAUCCUUCCAGAAAAAGAUUUAAUUUUUUUCUUGUCAUAUUACGAAUUACAACAAUUAAUAUAUAAUGAUGAAAUUGAGUAUGUACAAAAAGCAAUACGACGUCAAAAAUUAUAUAAAACAUGGAAUAAGAUAAAAUUCCCUGACGUUAUUAUGGGAUUGCCAAAACCAAUUGUUACCAAUACUAAUAAUAAUAUGAAAUUCGAAAGUGGAUCAAAAAUUAAAGGAUUACCAGCACAAAAUGGAAUAAUUGAAGGUAGAGCAUGUGUUUUAACAGAUAUUACAGAAAUUGAUCAAAUUAAAAGUGGUGAUAUUUUAAUAACACUUGCAACCGAUAUUGCAUGGAGUCCAGUUUUUCCGAUUUUAGGAGGACUUGUUACUGAAUUAGGUGGUUUAAUAUCACAUGGAGCUGUUGUUGCAAGAGAAUAUGGUUUACCAUGUAUUAUUGGAGCAAAGAAUGCAACAAAUUGUUUCAAAACUGGUGAUAAAGUUUUCUUGGAUGCUAAUUCUGGUUUCAUAACAAAAUUGUAGCCUUUUAUGUUUCCGAAUUUUUUUUUUUAUUUUUUUACAUUCAAAAUUGCUGAUUAUGAUAGUUGAUUGUACAAAAUUAUAAAUUAUUUUUUUUUUAAAGUAAAACACAAUAUUUUAUGAUUUUAUAUUGAUA